GCAUUAAUAUAAUAUAAAACGUAUAAGUAUUAAGUAGUAAUAUUUUCAAAAUGAACAUCACCAAACAAUGAAUAUUUUCUUUGAAAUAAACAUUUAUAUUGAUUUCUAAUACAUGUUAGUGAUAUUUUAAAAGGAAUAGAAUAGAGUAGAGAAACCUUAAAAUUUGUAAUCAAGUGCAUUAGGUAAAAUGCUAAACAUCCGAGAUAACUUUUACCGAAUAUGUAAGAAACAAUAUAUAUAUAUAUAUAUGUACAAGCAUGAAUAGCAUGCUUGUAACAGUAUCAGACUACUUAUUAAGCUGCUACUGCGUAGCAUACUACACGCACCAACCACGUGGUUGAAUACGACGCAUGCGCGACACGUGCACGAACACCUAACCUCACCGAACAAAUGUAUGACGACUUCAUAUAACCGUAUCGCGAAGAAUGCCAAGUGCAUAUAGAAUUUGCGGCAUUUUAAAAGGCGUCAACUAAAAUUUUGUGGAACGUCUUCAAAAAAUAUGAAUGCGGAAGUUUAUGAGACCUUGCCUACAUCUUCUGUAGCUAUACACAUGACAGCAGGUGCAAUCGCCGGAAUUAUGGAACAUUGUGUGAUGUAUCCACUCGACAGUGUUAAGACAAGAAUGCAAGCAUUAACACCAAGUUCAGUAAGAGGUGGAGGAGGUGGAGUAGGAACAGUUCUGAUUAGAAUGGUACAACAAGAAGGUUUUCUGAGACCAAUUCGUGGUAUGAGUGUAAUGGUUGUAGGAGCUGGUCCUGCACAUGCAUUAUAUUUUUCGUGUUAUGAAUUUAUUAAAAACAAACUCUUGAGUUCAAGAACAAAUCCUAAUUUAAAUUUAGCUGCAUAUGGAACUGCUGGUUGUUUGGCAACACUUCUUCACGAUGGUAUAAUGAAUCCAGCAGAAGUGGUUAAACAGCGAUUACAAAUGUAUAACUCUCCUUAUCGAAAUGUUAUAACAUGUAUAACAAAUAUAUACCGAAAAGAAGGUAUAUAUGCAUUUUAUAGAAGUUAUACAACACAGUUAGCUAUGAAUGUGCCUUUUCAAAUGAUUCACUUCAUGACGUAUGAAAUUGCACAAGUUUUCACGAAUCCUGACCACACAUAUAAUCCAAUUGCACAUAUGGUAUCAGGUGCAUUAGCAGGAGCUGUUGCUGCUGCAGUCACAACACCUUUAGAUGUUUGUAAAACGCUUCUAAAUACACAGAGUGGAGUCCAGGUUCAAGGCAUGACAGACGCUAUUAAAACAAUUUAUAGAUAUGGAGGUUUACGUGGUUAUUUCCGUGGUUUGAAUGCUCGUGUCCUUUAUCAAAUGCCAGCAACCACUAUUUGUUGGUCAACAUACGAAUUUUUCAAAUAUGUACUACAUGAAAAACAAGGCGAUGGAUAUCGCAGUCCGGAAGUUGACAACGAUUAUGCAAGUGGCAUUAAUCAGAUGCAAGGUACUUCUAGGUGUAGUCGUUUUCAAGAUAUGAGUGCAUACCUCAACAACAAUGCUCCAGCUUCAGUGUUACUUGAUGUGACUACAAGAUAGGUAUUUUUAAAUUUUUUAUCGACAUCACAUUGAGAAACUAUUGGAUGGUGAAUAAAGUAUCCGUUUUUUCGUAUUUGGAGAGUUUAUCAAGAAUAUUUCGUUAAUUCACCUGUUGCUCCGGUAUUAUUACAUAUGUAUAAUAAUUCAUAACGAAUGAGUACAUGUACAAUUAAAAAUCCAUUUUGAGCCAAGUGCAGGACGCAGGCCCAACGGAAUAAGAUAAAUGUAUCAGAAAAUUUCUUACGUUACUUCUUAGUGUAUGACUGUUUUAAAUAAUAUAUAUCAACUACAUUAUGA